GAUGCAUUUCAAAGUAAACUGCACACAUCGGUCUGUUUCUUCCUAAAUAUUUCACCUUGCAUAAUAAAUUACAGUUUGAUAGAAAUUUAAAUAUACAUUUUAAAGAAAGUUGCCAUGGAGCUCUGGUUGUGGGCCCCAUGCUCUAGGCAUCUUGGAUUAUUCUACUCCUUCACACCCCUAACCCCCUAACACCCCAACCCCCUUCCUGAGGCCUAAGAAAUGAAGAUCCAAUUGGAUAUUGAGGUUUGAGAGUAGAAUUUAAGGUUUUGCAUUUCUUUGACCACCCUUCCUUCCUCCUUUAUUUCUUUCCCCCCGCCCCCCAGGCUUCACCUAGACUUCCUCUCCUACUUUUAACAUAUAAGAUGACUUUGUGUAAAUUAUGGAAAGAUAGCCUCUCCAAAGAGGCAGCCUUUCCUGGCCCAUUUAAUCCUGUCAGCAGGAGACCUUUGUGCAGCAUGCAACCUGCACAGCCUCGCAUAGCAGGCUUGGCCCAUUCCACACGAUUGUUGUUAUUCUCUUGAACUGCUUGGCAUGUUGCCGUUCUCAAAAGGUUACCUCUGUUCUAGUCAGUCCUAGCAUUUAUAUCCAAUUUCCUCAAAAGAAAGGCUUUCUCUGUUAAUGGAUCACAUAGUCCAUGCUUUCUUUCCUUUGACUCCCAGAACCUUGAUAUUUGGUCCUUCCACUUCUGGGGGCCUUAUUUAUUCUUGCAUUGAGAUGCCUGAUCCUUUGCACUAUCUCCAUAAUUUACCUGAAUGUCUGGCUUCCUGCCUCCUGCCCUCACCUGCCUGAAGCAGAGUUGUAUUUCAGGCGAAGAGCCUGCAGCAUGGAGUUGCUUAAAAGGCAUCCUUCUGCUCUUCCUAAGCCGGCGCUCGGCAAGUUCUCCCAGGAGAAGGCCAUGUUCAGUUCGAGCGCCAAGAUCGUGAAGCCUAAUGGCGAGAAGCCGGACGAGUUCGAGUCCCGCAUCUCCCAGGCUCUUUUGGAGCUGGAGAUGAACUCGGACCUCAAGGCUCAGCUCAGGGAGCUGAAUAUUAUGGCAGCCAAGGAAAUUGAGGUUGGUGGUGGUCAGAAAGCUAUCAUAAUCUUUGUUCCUGUUCCUCAACUGAAAUCUUUCCAGAAAAUCCAAGUCCGGCUAGUACGUGAAUUGGAGAAAAAGUUCAGUGGGAAGCAUGUUGUCUUUAUUGCUUAGAGGAGAAUCCUGCCUAAGCCAACUCGGAAAAGCUGUACAAAAUAUAAGCAAAAGCAUCCCAGGAGCCAUACUCUGACAGCUGUGCACGAUGCCAUCCUUGAGGACUUGGUCUUCCCAAGCAAAAUUGUGGGCAAGAGAAUCCGCGUGAAACUAGAUGGCAGCCGGCUCCUGAAGGUUCAUUUGGACAAAGCACAGCAGAACAAUGUGGAACACAAGGUUGAAACUUUUUCUGGUGUCUAUAAGAAGCUCAUGGGCAAGGAUGUUAAUUUUGAAUUCCCAGAGUUUCAAUUGUAAACAAAAAUGACUAAAUAAAAAAUAUAUAUUCACAGUAAAAAAAAAAAAAAAAAAAAAAAGGGCAUCUUUCCUG